AUGCUCCGACGUCAAACCCGCGAACGUCGCGAGUACAUUUACAAAAAAGCACUCGAAUCGAAAGAAAAACAAAUCUACGAACGCAAACAACAAAUUCGUGAAGCCCUCGCGUCCGGCAAACCUUUGCCUCCCUCGCUCGCUGGAACCAAAGAAGCCGAAUCUCUUGGACGCGAUCUCAGCCUGGACGCAGCACAAGAUGCGCCUGGAUCCAGCAUCGAUGAUGAGUACUCUAGAGCGGGGACGUAUGAUCCUCGUGUGUUGGUGACUACAUCUCGGGACCCCAGUUCUCGACUCACCCAGUUUGCGAAGGAGGUUAGAUUGUUGUUCCCCAACUCGACAAGGUUGAAUCGAGGAGGAUACACAGUUUCGGAUUUGGCAGCAGCAGCAAGAAGUAAUGGAAUAACAGAUAUGGUAGUGUUGCAUGAACAUAGAGGUGUACCCGAUGCCAUGGUUGUCUCGCACUUCCCACACGGUCCUACGCUUCUCUUUACUCUACACAACGUAGUACUCCGCCACGAAGUUUCAGCACACGCAAACUCAACCGUUUCGGAACAGUAUCCACAUCUUAUCUUUGAAAACUUGAAUUCCAGAUUGGGAAGUAGGGUCAUGUCAGCACUCAAGUUCCUCUUUCCAGUGCCAAAGGACGAGAGCAAGAGGGUGAUGAGUUUUGUUAACCAAAACGACUUUAUCUCUUUUCGUCAUCAUGUGUUUAUUAAGACAAGCCAUAGAGAAGUUCAGUUAGCCGAAGUUGGUCCGAGAUUCGAAGCAAGGGUGUACGAGAUUAAACAGGGAACCAUUGAUCAGGGAGAGGCGGAUACAGAGUGGGUCUUGAGGCCCUAUAUGAAUACUGCUAAGAAGCGAAACCAGCUUUAG